ACUUGUCUCUCCAGUCAAGGAGAAACUAAUUGGAGGAAAGAAUAAACGAAAGGAACUUUUGAAAUACUGGGCGCAGCAAAAGUUUACUUCUCUGCAGCAUGCCUCAGAAAGAUUACAGAAGUCAACCCAGCUGGGAGACUGGUGUUGCCUCCAUGAUGCAAAACAGUCACAGUGGAGUAAACCAGCUUGGAGGUGUGUUUGUAAAUGGAAGGCCUUUACCUGACUCUACAAGGCAGAAGAUAGUGGAGCUUGCUCAUAGUGGGGCUCGGCCAUGUGACAUAUCCAGAAUACUACAGGUGUCUAAUGGCUGUGUGAGUAAGAUCCUGGGUCGGUAUUACGAGACGGGCUCAAUCCGUCCUCGGGCCAUAGGAGGGAGUAAACCCAGGGUGGCAACUCCAGAGGUGGUGGGAAAGAUCGCUCAGUACAAAAGAGAGUGUCCAUCCAUUUUUGCCUGGGAGAUUAGAGACCGACUACUGGCAGAGGGAGUCUGCACCAAUGACAAUAUACCCAGUGUUUCAUCAAUAAAUCGAGUGCUCAGGAACUUGGCCACUGAAAAGCAUCCAAUGGGGACAGGGGCCACUGAAGGAAUGUUUGACAAACUGAAGAUACUUAAUGCACAGGGCUCCUGGGGAGGACGCUCAGGGUGGUACGCUGGGACCACAAUCCUGAACACAGACUGCCCUCAGACAGACGGAGCGGAAAACAACAUUUCAAUCAGUUCCAACGGUGACGACUCAGAUGAGACUCAGAUGAGGCUUCAGUUGAAAAGAAAGCUGCAGAGAAACAGAACAUCCUUUACACAGGACCAGAUAGAAGCACUAGAGAAAGAAUUUGAAAGGACUCACUAUCCAGAUGUUUUUGCACGUGAACGACUUGCCAAUAAAAUCGAUCUUCCUGAGGCAAGAAUUCAGGUUUGGUUUUCAAACAGACGUGCGAAGUGGAGAAGAGAGGAGAAGUUAAGGAAUCAACGUCGGCAGGUGUUGAACUCCUCCAGCCAUAUUCCCAUCAACAGCAGUUUUAGCAGCAGUGCUUACUCAUCUCCAGCUCAGCCUUCAGCACCAGUGUCCUUUUCUUCAGGAUCCAUAAUAGGAAGAUCGGAUCCGGUUCUGUCCAAUACCUACGGCCUAACAAUGCCCAGCUUCAGCAUGGCCGCCAGCCUGCCCAUGCAAGCUUCAAACCAGACCUCUUAUUCCUGCAUGCUGCCCAACAGUCCCUCUGUAAACGGCCGCAGUUAUCAGACGUAUACUCCUCCACAUAUGCAGCCACACAUCAGCAGCCAGUCAGUGACGUCCUCCACAACAUCUUCAACAGGUCUGAUUUCUCCUGGCAUCUCAGUUCCAGUCCAAGUUCCUGGAAGUGAAGCAGAAAUGUCUCAGUACUGGCCACGCCUGCAGUGACGUCAUGGCCGCCUGUGGUGGCUUCAGGAACAGGACUUUGUAAUCGUCAGCAGGAGAGAGGUCCAUCACUGUCAGACUGACCAUCAGAGCCAAGCUGCUGCGGCUGAGUGCUGGCUGAAGCUCGGCAAAGGCAAAAAGACAAAGUCUCCAUUGGUUGCUUUCCAGGAAAUCCUCUGACUCCGUUUUUAAUGUUCUUAAAAACUGACAGAAUUUGGAUCCUGUUAUACAGCAGAAAAUGUUGUGUAAUAUCUGGUGGAUCAGGAAGGUGGACUGCCUUUUGGUAACAGCAAGCUUUGAGAAGAAAUAAAAAGCUUUCAAUGUACAUGGACAUUCCACUGGGAAAUAUUUUACCUCUACUGCCAUUUGAUAAUCUUUACAUGCUACUGAAUUUGUGGAGAGUCUCUGCCUGGAUAAAAAGACCUUAAUGAAACUGAAAGUGUACUGUCUGCUGUGUUUUGUUUUUUCUUUAACAGACUCCAAAAAGCCUUGACCUCAGACAUGUACAGGACUUUAAAAGAAGCAUUCUUGUGAUACACGUUUGGUAUUGUAAACCAUGACAUAUUUGUGAACAAGCAUGACUCAGACUUGAAAGCGUCAGUGUCCAAAAGAUGUAAAUUAGUUUCUAAUUUCAAGUGUGAAAGUGUUUGUCUUAAGUGUUCCUGACAGGGUUUCCACAAUAAAGCUGUAACAACUGCA